ACCGCCGGCGUGUGACGUCGAGUCGCCAUGGCCAGCUACCCGUACGGGCAGGGCUGCCCAGGAGCUGGAGGACAAGCGCCCGGAGCCCCUCCGGGUAGCUACUACCCUGGACCCCCCCACGGUGGAGGGCAGUAUGGCGGUGGGGUACCCCCUGGUGGCAGUUACGGCGGGGGUCCUGCCCCCGGGGGGCCUUAUGGACCACCGGCUGGUGGAGGGCCCUAUGGACACCCCAAUCCUGGGACUCCAGGAGGACUAUAUGGUAGUGCGGCCCCAGGGGGUCCCUAUGGCCAGCCACCUCCGAAUUCCUACGGUGCCCAGCAUCCCGGGCCUUACGGACAGGGACCUCCUCCAGGUGGUGUUCCUCCCAACGUGGAUCCUGAGGCUUACUCCUGGUUCCAGUCCGUAGACUCUGAUCACAGUGGCUACAUCUCCAUCAAGGAGCUGAAGCAGGCUCUGGUCAACUCCAACUGGUCCUCGUUCAACGACGAGACGUGCCUCAUGAUGAUAAACAUGUUUGACAAGACAAAGUCAGGCCGCAUCGACAUCUAUGGUUUCUCGGCUCUGUGGAAGUUCAUCCAGCAGUGGAAGAACCUCUUCCAGCAGUAUGACCGGGACCGCUCGGGCUCCAUCAGCUACACUGAGCUGCAGCAAGCUCUGUCCCAAAUGGGCUACAACCUGAGCCCCCAGUUCACCCAGCUCCUGGUCUCCCGCUAUUGCCCGCGCUCUGCCAACCCCACCAUGCAGCUAGACCGCUUCAUCCAGGUGUGCACCCAGCUGCAGGUGCUGACCGAGGCUUUCCGGGAGAAGGACACAGCUGUACAGGGCACCAUUCGGCUCAGCUUCGAGGACUUCGUCACCAUGACAGCUUCUCGGAUGCUAUGACCCAGCCCAUCUGUAGAGUGGAGUGUACCAGGGGCCUUUCCUGGCCCCUUAGAGCGGGAGAGGCGUGCGGGCCUCUCCGCUUUUCCUGUCCCUCCUAGAAAAAGAUUCUCCCUUGCCUGAUGCAGCGCUGUUCCCGAAGAGGGCUGGGAGUCUUGUGUCAGUCACCAAAUAGCGGGGACCUAGGCUGAGGCCACACAAGAGGUGGCCAAAGAGAGGACUGGACGUUGAAUGCCCUUGGAGCCCUGAGUAUUUCAAUGGCCCAGCCUCGUGCCAGGAGCAGAAGAUGCCAGUUAGUGUCCAGUCCGCUGGGCUCUAGCCUCUAGCUGUCACUUCUCCACCCUGACACCAGGGGUAAGUGAUCAUCAGCCUCAUGCCAUUAGCACCUGAGUCCCUUCACCCAUACCGUCUUGUCAGAUGAACCCAGUUUCUCCAAAGUGGAAGCUGACCAAGCACGAGGGAGGUUUGUCCGCGGGACCAAGUGGCUUGGAUUCCACCACCCCGUGUCCCCAAAUCCCCGUGUGUUGUCUUGUAGCUGCCUGGCUGCUGGCCCUGCUCGGGGGCUUGGACCGCCUGCUCUCUGGGCACCCUUGGCCAGGCUACCCCUCUGCAGCUCGGACCCCUCACUUGCCUGCCAUUCUCUGCUCGGCUUCAAUCCCCAGGGGACAGUUGUCACCUCCCACUGCCAAUGCUGUUUUUUUAAGUUGUGUGUUUUUUCUUUCGGGGCCAAAAGUUCAGUGAAACUGUAAGCUCAAUAAAAGGA